AUGGGGACCCCGAACAUACAAGGCGUGGACGAAGGGCUCGCUUGGAGCCAGACCCAGAACCAAAAGUGCCUGACUCCCACAGUGCAGGGACAGCAGAUCUCCAAGAGUCCAGAACGUCUCAUGAAUCUGACAGUCACGGCAAUUCCUGACGGCCAAUCACCCACCACCUCCGAGCUCGCCCGCGGUAGAACAGAUGACCAAUUGAAUUACGUAACUGGGGGCAAGACUUCGGGCUUCUUCACCGGAACUUAUAAGUGGCUUUUUCGUACGUUGGAGUAUGUGGACCACCUGGUCCGCAUCACGAGCGUGAUGGGCGAUGAACGGGAAAUCGCAGAUAUUACGCUUCAACUUUUGGCCAGAGCGGGAGAAAUUACACAAAAAGAACAGGGUACGAUGCCUUCUACAACACUGGCAUCGAGAGUCCGGACGGGAGCAGGAGCAAGCGUUGGUCAGAUCAGCUCGAAGACCGCACCAGCACAUAGCGGGGUAGGGAAUCGCCAAGGAUCAUACGAGCACAGAGGACGACACAAAAACAUCAAAGACGCAGCUCCAGAAACUGCCCAAGAUGCUGGAGAUCAAGGCCUACAACCAUCAAUCACGCCUACAGAGACCAUGAAGAUCCUGGGUCCUCUCCCAGUGCGGAGGGCCUGGAGGGUCAGGCACGGCCGGGCAUCACCGGACAUCUCACAGACGCCUGUGUUGGAAGCAAUUAUGCUUCAUGAGCGAGGAGACCUGCAAGGCUCUGAGGAUCAAUGCUCCAAAUGCCGAAGGGGAGAUGGGAUCUCACCAGAGUGCGUCAAAAUGCCGGGCAUCUACAACGGUGCGUGCAGCAAUUGUCUGCUGGCACGCACAUCAGAUCGGCCAGGAUCAUCGUCGAGGCCGGUACGGAGCUAUUCCGCCGAACGACGGUCCAUCUCUGCGACGAUAUCACCAUCCAUACCAAAGGAGGAUCUGAUUGCUGUGUGGAACCUCAUUGCGGGCGUAAUCGCAACGCAACCCCAAGAAUGUUUCACUGAGGACGGAUCAGAGCCACCGGGGAAGAAAAUCGAAGACGCCGCUCGAUUAGUGGCGAGGUCGGCAGACGAAUGGGGUCAUACGAUUAAGGAGGAAGAAUCAGACCCUGGGAAGACACCCAAAACGCCUUCGGAGAGAAGCAGGCUUGUCAGGCAAGCUACCAGAAUCCGAGAGACAGCGUUGCAGAUUGCGAAUUGUGCGAGAAUCUGGGGCGAAAAGUUGGAGAGGAAGAAGUCUUCUUCACAACUACGGUGA